CUACCGGCACCGGCAAGUCGGCGCUGGCGCUGCAGCUCGGGCUGCGCCUCGGCGGAGAGAUCGUCAGCGCCGACUCCAUGCAGGUGUACAAGGGCUUGGACAUCAUCACGAACAAGGUUUCUCCCCAGGAACAGCGUCUGUGCAGACACCACAUGAUCAGCUUUGUGGAUCCCCUUGUCUCUAACUACACGGUGGUGGAUUUCAGAGACAAAGCCGUGGCUCUGAUUGAAGAUAUCUUUGCCCGAGACAAGAUCCCCAUUGUUGUGGGGGGAACCAACUACUACAUCGAGUCCCUGCUCUGGAAGGUCCUUAUCAACACCAAGGAGAAGGCCACGACAGCCCCCGGGCCAGUCACCGACAGGAAAGUGGAGCUGGAGCAGCUAGACGGUGUCGAGCUCCAUCGCCGCCUGAGCCAGGUGGACCCAGAGAUGGCGGCCAAGCUGCACCCCCAUGACAAGCGCAAAGUGGCCAGGAGCCUCCAAGUGUUUGAAGAGACGGGGAUCCCCCAUAGUGAAAUCUUGCACCAGCAGCAGGAGGAGGAAGGUGGGGGACCCUUAGGGGGUCCCCUGAAAUACCCACAUUCCUGCAUCUUGUGGCUCUAUGCAGACCAGGCAGCUCUGGACCAGCGGCUGGAGAAGCGGGUGGAUGACAUGCUGGCUGCGGGACUGCUGGAGGAGCUGCGGGACUUCCACCGACGCUACAACCAAGAGAAGGUGGCUGAGAACCGGCAGGAUUACCAGCACGGCAUCUUCCAGUCCAUCGGCUUCAAGGAGUUCCACGAGUACCUCGUCAAUGAGGGGAAUUGCUCGCCCGAGACCAGUGCCCUGCUGCUGCAAAAAGGGAUCCAGGCCCUGAAACAGGUGACCAAGAGAUAUGCCCGGAGGCAGAACAAGUGGGUUCGAAACCGCUUCCUGAGACGUCCCGGGCCCAACGUGCCCCCGGUGUAUGGCUUGGAGGUGUCUGAUCUCUUGCGGUGGGAGGAGGAUGUGCUGAAGCCUGCUCUGGAGAUUGUGGAGAGCUUCAUCCAGGGUCGUGAGCCCCCAGCAGAGCCUGUGAAGAUGGAGUACGAUGUAAACGAGAACAAGCGGAGUCAUCGCGUGUGUGAGCUCUGCGACAGAGUCAUCAUCGGCGACAGGGAGUGGGCAGCUCACACACGAUCCAAAUCCCACCUGCACCAUCUGAAGAAGAGAAGGAAGCUGGAGGCCGCCUGCCGUGCUGCAGAGACUGAGGGGGACAGUGGGGGCACAGAGACCUCGGGUGAGGACAGCAGCUUGCCUUUGCCGUAGGCCUGCAAUCCAGCUGGUGCAGGGGAGCAGCCGCGCUUCCACCUGUACGGCGAAGAAGCGACUUAGUCCUGGGUGGCCUUGAACCGAAUGAGCUGAGUCAUUUUUUUCAGGAUGAGGCAGGUGUGUAAGUGAUGGCCAAAGGCCGUCGGCUGCAUCAGAUCCUCUUCAUGUGGCCUCAUCGCGCCGUGUUCCCAUGCUUCCCCAGCCCUGCCUGGAAAGGGCUGGGCCCUGGGGCAAGGCUGCUAGGAGCAUUCUCCCAAGCCAAGCAUUAAUUCCUGCCAGAGACGCAGCAUUAUCCUUGGAAUGGUUGAGCCGAUGCUGCUGGCGCACGAAUGUGUCAUUCUCAGAGACAGAAAUACCCUGCACUCCUCCAGCUUGGCCAGGAGUGCAACUCCGGAGCUGAGUGAGCUCUUACUGCUUUUAUUGUGGAGAGGAUUUUUUGUUUUCUUUUAUAUGGAAAUAAAGUUGCAAGAUUAUUGUGGGUUCCCCUCCCUAAACAAGCA